CCCGCCAGCCCUACCUGACUCCCUCGCUCGGGGCUCCGGAGUAGGCAGGAAGGGAGGGCCCGAGGGAGGGGAGGUGGGCUGGGAGUCCCCGGCUCCAUAUAAGGACGAGGGCCGGGACGGCGAGGGGAGAGGGACGCGCGCCUGCGACGCCUGACUUUGGCCCGAGCAGAGGCGGAGAGACCGGCCGCUCCGUUUGCGCAAAGGCGCGCCAGAACCUCUGAGAUUCAGUCGCUCAGAAGGACACCAUGAAAAGCUGGAUUCUUCUGUGCACCUUGCUGUUCCUGGGCGAGACUCUUCCUGCCCGGGUGCAUCGUACGCGGAGGGAACUGGCACCCGGAUUGCACGAACAGGGGAUACGGGAUGCAGAAGGCUCGUACUGUGGCCGGCAGGAUGCGUGUUGUCGCGGGAGGGAUGAUGCCUGCACCAUCCCCUACUUUGAUACCCUUUGCUACUGUGACCUCUUCUGCAACCGAACCAUCUCUGACUGUUGCCCUGAUUUUUGGGAAUACUGUUUGGGCAUUCAACCACCGUAUUCACAGCAGAAAGACUGCAUUCGCAAUGGUGUCAAGUUCCACCCUGGAGCAACUUACCGGGAUAAUUGCAACCUCUGUACUUGCAACGGACACGGCAAAUGGGAGUGUGAAAGCCACGUCUGCCUUAUCAGUGGGGACAUGAUCGAUGCCGUCAACAGAGGGAAUUAUGGCUGGAGAGCUUCCAACUACAGCCAGUUCUGGGGGAUGUCACUGGAAGAAGGGAUUCGGUACCGUCUUGGUACCAUCAAGCCUCCGACCUCUGUCAUGAAUAUGAAUGAGCUUCAAAUCAACAUGGCCACCAACGAAGUGCUGCCUUCUCAUUUCAAUGCUGCCGACAAGUGGUCUGGAAUGAUCCAUGAGCCGCUCGAUCAAGGCAACUGUGCGGGAUCCUGGGCCUUUUCCACAGCAGCGGUGGCUUCUGACCGGAUCUCCAUCCAUUCCAUGGGACACAUGAAACCUGCCUUGUCCCCCCAGAACCUGUUGUCUUGCAACACUCGGCACCAACAAGGCUGCAAUGGAGGCCGUGUGGACGGAGCCUGGUGGUUCCUGCGCAGGAAGGGGGUGGUGACUGAGGAAUGCUACCCGUUCACCAGCCAGGAGAGCUCCUUCACCAGCCCACCUUGCAUGAUGCACACCCGCUCCGCUGGCCGGGGGAAGAGACAAGCCACAGCACGUUGCCCCAACUCACAGACGGACUCCAACGAGAUUUACCAAUCCACGCCUGCAUAUCGUCUCUCCUCAAAUGAGAAGGAGAUCAUGAAGGAGUUAAUGGAAAAUGGACCUCUGCAAGCCAUCAUGGAAGUGCAUGAAGACUUCUUUGUAUAUCAGAGUGGGAUUUAUCAGCAUACUCCUGUAGCCGCUGGGAAGCCAGAACAGUACCGACGACAUGGUACCCAUUCCGUCAAAAUCACUGGAUGGGGAGAAGAACGGAAGCUGGAUGGGUCAAAUCGGAAAUAUUGGAUUGCAGCCAACUCCUGGGGCAAGGCGUGGGGUGAGCACGGCUACUUCCGCAUUGCCAGAGGGACCAAUGAGUGCGAGAUUGAAUCCUUCGUGGUGGGUGUCUGGGGCCGGGUUGGAAUGGAAGAUAUGCACCACCACAAGAAAUGAGGAGACUGGAUUCUGCAGCCUUGCAUUAUGAUACCAUGAAGAACGUCUUUCCUUCUGUUGGCCCUAUGUUUUCUUCUUCUCCUCCUCCUCAAAGCAUCUGGUAUCUAGAACAGUCACAGAACGUAACGACUAUGGGUUUGGCCUCCAAAGACAGCAGCCUUUGUCGUUGUUCUGGGGAAGCCUAGAACCCUCACGUGGAUUUUGGACCCAGAAAGUUCUUCCUCAGGUGGUGGGGGAAAAAAAACCCUGAGAACUUCUGGAAUGACUACCAAAAUGCCUGCAGUUUCUUGAAAGGGACCAAGAGAAGACACCCAAUUUUGUUCUGCAUGGCUCAGGUGCUCACAACCAGAGUGAUCCUGGAGAUAUCAGAAGCAAACCUUGCCAGGAUUCUCUACCAAGGAUGGAAAGUUGCAGGUGAUCUGAAGUAACUUUCUGACUGGGAGACCAACCAACAUUUUUGGGGUUUUUUUUUUUUUAGUGCUUUCUGUGAUUCCACUUGACAGAACCUUCUUGGAAGUGAUGACAUCUCUGGUCUGACCUUCCCCAGAGGCAACCGUGGUAAAAUAAAGAGUUGUCAUCUUCUUGGGCCAAAUUUUCAAACAUCUCAGGUAGUACAUCUACAGACGAGUGGAUUUCUGAUCCUAGCAGGCAUGUGUGUAGCAAUGGCCGCUGUCUCCAAAAUGGCGGGCACAACUAGAUAAAAGUAACCUUGCCUCAUUUUAUGUGUACUAAGUUCUCAAGAAUAGCUAUGUAGGCUGAAAUCGACCCAUUUGGAGAGAGACCAGAUUGGGGGAGACAGGCUUGAUUUUGAUUCCCCACCAUUGUGUUACAAGUUCUUUCUUGCCCAUCUUAUCUUAGAACCUAGAAUCACAGAGCUUAGAGGUCUUCUAAUUUAAUCUCUGCUCAAGGCAAUAAUCCAAGUAAUCGAAGUGAAGUAAGUAUCUGAGAUACCUUUUAGGCAACACCAGCCUUUCUCCAACAGUCCUCUUCAGAUAUGUUGGGCUUCUGAGCCCCAUAACUUUUAACGUGGCCAUCUAUGGACGUGAAGGCACAAAUCUCUGGAGAGCACCAGGAUGAGGUCAAGCUGCCUUGUGUGUCCACCACAAUGGAAGGAGGACUUCCUGUGUUUCUUAAGCUUCCUUGUUCAGCCCACCGUGAGGUGUUGCUGCUCCGAAAACAAUGCAAUUCCAUCACGGUAUUGGCAGCUGAGUGGAAAGUCCCUCAGUUGACUUUCCAAGGACAAGCUGAAGUCAGCCCCCAGGCCAGCUGUUUUAGGCCCAUCUAAACUGGAAAAUAGGAGGGAAUUGUUUUCCUUCUGUCUCCUCUGCCUGGGUUCAACUCCCAUGGAUUUUUUUUUUCCAGUUCCCUGCCGCACAGCCAAACACCAACUUUUGCUCACUUCAAUGAUCUGGUGCACCAUCCCGGCACUGAUCCACAGUGAAAACUUUUAUCCUCCUGCCUGAAGCCACUCUUGGUCUACUGCCUUUCCUCUCUUUCUGUCUCUCUCUCUCUUUUGGCUUUUGAUGCCUGUCUUUGCACCUUCCGCGCCGGGCGUGAGACUCUCUCGCUGCUAAGCCUUCCUUGGCUUAUGGGCCCUUUGUUGAGAACUUAAGGCUGUUGAAAGGGAAGGCCCUCGGCCAGCUAGGCAGGCUGGUUUUGUCCCAUUCUGCAAGCUUUGCAGGCGCCAAUGUCAACACCGAACGGCUGUCAUUUGUGUGAAAGAAGCGGAAAAAAGCGCAUUAGAAGGCGCGUGUUCACGCAUGACCGAGGCGGGGAGCUUUGGAAGAAGUGCCUGUGUUAGCAGCCCUUCCAUGGAGCCGGAAAACUCUUUUAUGUGAGGAUGAAGGGAGAAAGUGGAGCUUCCUCUCCUAAUACCUGAUCAAAGCAGAGAUUAGGGGAAUCUCAGCCUAGUUGUCCUGGUGGGGGGGAAAGGAACGGACAAGUCAAGGCUGCAAUUAGAAGCUGGUCUGAAGGGCUGCUUAGCUGCAUGCAUUUGAAAAAAAAAGAAGAAGAACUUGAUGCUUUCAACUUAGUUACUGAAAACACCCAUUUUAUGGAUUGGAACAAUAGGUGGAAAGCCCACAGGCUGGAUUUGCACCCUAUGCUAAGAACAAUAUCAAAUGAAAAACAAAUCCAAUGAAGCAUGAUCCAUAAAAUGCAGCUGCUGGAUUUGUAACAGAUCUGCUGAAGCAUAAUUGUGGAAGCCGAGGUAGAAAAUUAGCUUUUCAGGCUGAGCUUGAAUCUGUCCUGUUCUAGUAUAUAGCUUUUUCCAGUGAGGGGCGUUUUUAUGACUUUAAAAAAAAAAAAAACAUUGUUUCAUCUAAUUGGC